GUAGCGUCGAGCCACGUUCGAGUCAGUUGGCCGACAUGAGCCGCGCGCGUCGAGUCGCCUCGGACGCUCCUUCUCUGCCUCCUCGACUGGGGUAGUUUCCAAGGCACAGUGUCACGUCGCUAACGCUGCCAGUGUACAUCAUCAGUGUUCAUUAAUUCUUGCUGCUACACCAAUGACUCGCUGAUUAACAGGCAGAAAUCAUUUUAUUUAAAAAAUUGUUAAACUCGUGACAAAGAAUGAAGGAAGUUUGAGAAUCUCUGAAUAUGAAAGUAGCGAGUGCCUAAAGAAGCAAUAGCUCUUAUCCGAUUCUCCUUCUUGACCCUUACGACGAACUAAUGAGUACACGAUAAGCAGUGUCAGAGUGCAGUGUCAACAAAAUGCGAGCCAAUUAACGGAUACCAAAACAAGUUAUUUUCCAGUGCGCGUGCUACAUGUUCGUCGAGGCACGAGCUGCUCUCCCAGGAGAUUCGUCAAAGUGGGUCGUCGAGUGCGAGUGCAGUGCGGGGACGGUUGUCUGUGCUCAGUGUGCCUAACCCCGCGUGUGUGCAACAGUCGGAAGACCACCUGCAGUUUGCUGCGUGCAGUGCCUGUUUAUUCUGUAAGAUGGACGAGUGAAUAGAGACGGGAGUCCCGAUCGCAUCCGGACGCGAUGAAGCCACGACGAUCGUGGGUCCUGGUGCUGCUGCUGCUCUUCUGCGCCUUCCUCGAGGAAGCGCGUCCCUUCACCUCGGACGAAGAGGCCGACGAUGCUGCCGAAGACGAGGAAUCCUACCUCCUGGAGGAGGACGACAUGCCCUCCGCUACGAUAGUCAGCGACACGGAAUUCAUCUCGGAAGGCGGCGGCUACCUGCCCGUCUUCCUCACCGAGCCCGUCGACUCCUUCGUCGUCAAGGGCAAACCGGCAAUCUUGCGCUGCAAGGCGUCCCACGCUCUCCUGAUAUAUUUCAAGUGCAACGGCGCGAGGGUCGAGGGCACGCAACAGCAGGACUUUGUCGACCCACAUACCGGAACGAGGAUCGUCGAGUGCGAACUGAACGUGACGAGGAACGAGAUCGAAGAGUACUUUGGCAAGGACAAAUUCAAAUGCGAGUGCUACGCGUGGUCGGGCUCCGGACAGAUAAAGAGCCAGCCGGCUUCCGUGGACGAUGCCUAUUUGAGGAAGCAGUUCGAGUCGCCGCCAUAUUCGAUGUCCGUCGAAGCAGGCCAGAGUGCCGAAUUGAGGUGCCUGCCGCCCGUGGGGGUCCCACCGCCCAGAGUCUACUGGCUGCGGAAUGGCGCACCCUUGGACGUGGAUACCGACACCCUCCUGGUUUCCAGCGAGGGACAUCUUCUCCUAGGACAAGCCAAACUCACCCACCAGGCCAACUACACUUGCGUGGCCGAGAACAUCGCGGCUAAGCGGCUGAGCGAACCAGCCAGUCUUACGGUCUACGUUAACGGAGGCUGGUCUUCCUGGUCUUCCUGGUCCGCUUGGUCGGAGUGUCACUCGCGUUGCGCGAAGGCCGGUCAGAAGCGAACCAGAACUUGCACGAAUCCACCGCCGAUAAAUGGCGGCCAGCCGUGCUUGGGACCGGCUAUGCACAAGAUGGACUGCAACGCCGGGUGUCCAGUGGGAGCCCUCGAGGAGUUCUCCAAUACUCUGGUCGUCGACGGGGGUUGGUCCAGAUGGUCAACCUGGUCUGUCUGCGGGACCGACUGCACUCACACGAAGAGAAGGUCUUGCGACGAACCUGCCCCGAGUCACGGGGGUCGCACUUGCCCGGGCAGAGACUUCGCCGUAGCAAACUGCACCGGAGGGAUGUGCAAUGUAGGUAGCGCCAAGAUGGGAGGUGCUCAGCUGACGGAGGAAGCGAAUCGGCAGAUGGACGUGGCCCUCUACAUCGGAUUGACGGUGGCUUGCGUCGUCAUCGGCGGGCUGGCGUUCUUCCUCGCCAGGUUGCUCAGGCGCAAGGGACGCGACCACUCCCUCUACUCGAUGGCUCGAAACGAGUUCCAGCCGGAAUUCUUUCCCGACCAGGACAAAAAGUUGAGCCUGCAGCCGGAUGUGACGGCCACCAGCGUGCCGGCCUGCUACGAGUAUCCCUUCGAUCCGAAACUCUCGAUGUCCCGGUCCCUCUCGGAGCACCAUUAUGACGUUCCGCAUCUCUCGAUUGGUCCAGCGCAACCCUCUCCCAUGUCUCCCACCCCGAGCACGUCCACUCAAGAAUCCUGCAGCGAGAAGCAGAUCCAUUCCGACAGUGAGAAUAGCGUGGUUAGCGGCUCCUCCUAUCCCAGCUCCGACUCGACGUACAACGUCGCGUCGGAGAGCGUCCGGUUGCCAAAACUCGAGAGUGGGAACGUCGCUCGGGCGGCGGUGAACGCGCGCGGUGCGCUUCUCGUUCUCCCGGACGCCGGGAUCUCCAUGUCCGUUCCCGAGGGCGCGGUGCCGAAGCCGCUGAGGGAGGAACUCUACCUGGCUGUCCUGGACGAGGAUCGCUUCAGGCCCCGAUUGCCCGAUGGCAUCACGCAGCUCUCGGCAGUUGUCACGUGCGGACCUUCUUCGGCAUCCUUCAACAAGCCAGUCAUCCUGCAAUUCGAACACUGCGCCAUGCUGCAUCCCGGCGCCUGGGAACUGAGCGUCUGGGCCUCCGAUAUCGAGGACUCGGAGGCUGACGGGAAUCCUUCUGGCAAGGAGCAGCUCGUCUGCUGGACCCGCGUCCUGACGCUGGGCAGCGAAACGAUAAACACGCCACUCUUCACGCAGCUCGAUCACGCGGAGGCCUUCAUCGUGACCGAGCAGCUUCGCGGCUACGUCCUGGCCGGACAGAGCUGCGAGAACUCGAUGGCGACGAAACGCUUGAAGCUCGCGAUAUUCGCCAGUCAUCCUGGCCAGUGCUGCGGAUGCGUGCGGGUCUACGCCGUCGAGGACACGAAGGCUGCGACCAAGGUGAUCGUCGACAGGGAAUCUCUGAUCCGAGGGUACCUGCUGGACAAGCCGAGAACACUGCUCUACCAGGACAACGGGGAGCCUCUUCGUAUAAGUCUGGAGGAAGUCGGGAACGAGUGGCAAAGUAAAUCUCCCAGCGAGCACCAGGAGAUGUCGUUCCGCGACGUCUGGAACUCCCAGGGAAACGCUCGUCACGUGAGCUUCGCUCUGGACACUGGAUUCGGUCCAUCCAGUACUCGGAGCUACAAGCUGCAGAUCUGCCAGGGCACCUCGGACACUCGUCAGGUCUUUCGGAUCGUCUACGACGGUGCGAAGCAGCUCGUAUCUUCCGGAAGCGUGACGCGACCCCUCAGGGAAGUGACCGUAGUGAGCAGCGGCCACGCGAACAACGUUACCACGGAUUCAGCGACUCUACGUCCAUUCAGAUUCACGAGGUCUCUCAGGAAGCAACUUUGCCAGUGCCUCGACCCGCCGAAUGCUCUCGGAAACGACUGGAGAAUGCUAGCACAGAGGCUCCAGGUUGACAGGUACAUAAACUACUUUGCAACUAAAGCCAGCCCCACCGAGCAUAUUCUCGAUCUCUGGGAGGCAAGGCAUCGGGAACCCACCGCCGUCACGGAUCUCCUGAAUCAUCUGCGAGUGAUGGGGAGGACGGAUGCUGCGACCAUCCUGGAGGCUCAACUGGGUCCCUGGCUGUGAAUAAUCCCGACGACUCUGUGAGUGUGUUUUCGCGUUAUGGGGGAAUCAAGGGAAGAAUCAAAGAUACGGGAGAGGAACAGUAUAAAAGUGAAACACUGCCUUAACUGUGCGCGAUGCGAUACGAUGAGAUACGACGAGACGCGACGGGAGGCGACGGGAGGCGACGGGAGGCGACGGGAGGCGCGUGUCGCACCUCCUUCUGUAUAUAGUUCUAGAGUUGGCAUAAAGAGUAAAAAAAAAAGUAUAAAGCAAAAAGUAUAAAAAUAAAGAGUAAAGUAAGUGGGAGUGUAAUCGCAAAGGGACGACCAGAGAGUCGGAGCGAGUCCAGCCUAUCGAUUCUUCGGUCGUCCUUUGGCUCGAACACGACGCAGCAUCAGAUAGAAUCGUAGGGAGAAUCAAAAGAACACGGGAGAAGAUUACAAUGCGGUUGUGUCUUGUGUGCAUGUGACUGGCAAGUAUUGCGGAUGCAUUAGCGAGCAUGUAUAUAGAUACGCCAUUCACAAAAUUACAUAUAGAGAAAGAAAGAAUGAGAGGCACACAUAGAAAAAAAAAAAAAAAAAAAAACAGUUAGAAGGACAUGUGGAUGUAUAGAUAUACAUAUAUGGAUAUAUGAAUACAUGGAUACAUGAGUAUAAAUAUAUAUUUAUAUACUGAGCUACGCAAGUCUCUAACGCACCGCGCACAUUUGACAGCCGCGACGCGAUCGCUUCGGUCCAGCAUCGUUCGACUCUCGUCGAGCAGCCUGAGUGGAUUGAACUUCUUGAAUGCCCAACUGAAAAUGUUGGCGAGAGGUGCUGUCAUGAUGCGUCAGCGCCCUGACACCUGUCAAAUUUCUCGGAUGCGUUCGGACGCGAUGGUUCUGUAUAGAUAAAGGCAAGAUGUUAUUUACCAGAAAACGAAGAAUCGAAAAAAAUGAAGCAUUGUAAGAGCGAAUUCUCGAUUUGUUAUGGAAACGUGAGAUAUUAUUGGUUUUAAGAAUCGUGCCAAAAUUAUUCGUUCAGUUGCUCGUUCUUUCAACAGCCGGAGGUAUUUUACAUUUCCAAUGUUUAGAUUAAUUCCUUUUCUACAUUGACAAUACGCGGUUAACAUUCGUACGUGGUCGAAUGCGUUUUAGGAGUUUAUACCAUUUGGUAAUGUCAUUGCAUAUGUACCAUAUUAAUUUAAACGACACAGUUUAUUUAGAAGAUUGUAUAUUUGUUACUUUCGACGAAUAAAAUAUUCUUGUAUACCUA